AUGUCUACAGUACGAUCUAUACGGACUCUCUUCACCUCUACUUACGUGCACUCUUGCCCAAAGUCAAGUUUCCAGAGUGUUGAUGUAACUCUGUCGAAACGGUUGCACACAAUAGCAAGCACCACCAGGAUACCUCAAUUGUCAUCGUUUAAUGCACCAUUGCGACCAUAUGUACAGCGGUUAUCGCCUCAAAUACGGCGGAUGAUAAAUGGCCAAGGACAUCAAAUACGAACACUUGCUACGGAAACUGAAUCGAAUGCAAACAAUCAACCAACACUUAUUGUAACUGAUCGUGCUGCAAAGCAACUCAAUUAUAUCAACUCCAAAGAUAGGGCAUCCCAAGCUCUAAGAGUGCUGGUCGACUCGGGUGGCUGUCACGGUUAUCAGGUCAAAAUGGAGUUGACUACUGAUAAUCUGAAUGAGGAUGACUUAUUGGUUGAAAAGAACGGUGCCAAAGUCAUUGUAGACACCAUAUCUCUAUCUCUCAUUGAAGGAUCCAAGUUGGAUUACGUGCAAGAACUCAUUGGAUCGAGUUUCCAAGUAGUGGAUAAUCCUAAAGCUGAAUCAUCUUGCGGGUGCAAGACAUCCUUUAACAUCAAAAUAUAG